UAAUCAGAAUCGUUUUCCCGUUUCUCGUCGGUCAUGGGGGAUGUAAAAUAUGGCACAUUGCAUGGAGUCUGUAACCUGUGUUUAAAAAGCGCAAAUCAAUCUGAGGUGUGCCCGCGCAAAAAACAAACCCUACUGCCGCGUGCGCGAAAUUGUAUAGGCGGUCAGUAUUCCUCGAGCACGACACGAAUAAAAAACCAAGCGGAAACGUGUGUUUGUCUUCCGCGCGUCUUCUUUUGGGACAGUAGGUGAUAUUCGGGUGCGCAUUGGACACAGAGCACAUUUUACUUGCUCUGCCCGCUAUCCAUCAUAAACCCGUAUUUUUAAGAAUAGUUGUGGAUUGACUGCAAGAAACUUCUUGGGGCCAGGGAUUUCAUAGUAGCCUACACCGACUGUGGAUUUUGUCACAUUGGCAUACAAUGACAACUUCCACCCGUACAAAGACAGAUCAUUUGGAUUCCACUGAUCCCCAGGUUCUGGACUAUAUGCUGGUUCCUCACCGGAACUUCAACCUGAUCAAUGGGGUCCACUCUCCCGACGAGGUCGACCAGAUCCAGAACUGGGAGAUCCGAGACUCAGACAUAUUCGCCGUCACUUAUCCCAAGUCAGGGACGAUCUGGAUGCAGCAGAUUCUGACUCUGAUAGAAGCCAAAGGUGACGUCACUCCAAACACAGAGCAUCUCAACGCGCAGCGCGUCCCAUGGAUCGAGCUGAUUGGCAGUGAGAAGGAGUUUAACGCUACCCCUUCCCCCAGGCUACGGGUCACCCACCUGCAGUACAAGUUCAUGCCUCUCGCCAUCAGACAAAAGAGGGGAAAGGUGAUCUAUGUGGCCAGAAACCCUAAGGAUGUUCUCGUGUCCUAUUACCACUUCCACAAAUAUGCAGCCAUGCUGGAGACGCCGAAGGACUUCAAUGAUUUCUUUGAGAAAUUCAUGGAAGGGAAAGUUUUUGGGAACUGUUGGUUUGAGCACAUCAAGACGUGGUACGCUAAUAGAGACAACAUGAACUUCCUGUACAUCACAUAUGAAGAGAUGAUCAAGGACCUGCGCUCCAUGGUGGAGAGGAUGUGCAGGUUUCUAGGGAAGGAUUUGACAGAGGAGCAGAUGGCCAGUGUGGUGGAACACAGCACCUUUAGAACCAUGAAACAGAACCCGCAGGCUAACUACAAGACAGUGCCCGACUCCCUGCUUGACCACAACAAGGGCACGUUUAUGAGGAAAGGGACCAUUGGGGACUGGAGGAACCAUUUCACUGUUGCACAGAGUGAGAGAUUUGACAGUGUCUUCCAGGAGAAGAUGAGGGACCUGCCCCUCUCCUUUGCGUGGGACAUCAAUGACGUCAAUAGUGMCACGUAAUGACAUCCUAGUCACGUCUUGCAGGGAUUUUUUAAAUCCUUGGGCGGGCCCCCUAAGCAUUUUUUCGGGUCACCUAAGUCCAAACAGUGUAAAAAGAAAAAAUUCAGGAUGGAAAAACGCUUUCACUGUAAACUUAAAUAACUAAAUGUCUUUUUUUUAUACCACAGCUUUGUUGAAUACUUGUGUAUGAUGUACAGAACGUGGGCAUUUAUCCCUUACAUAAUAGAACCUUUGAAAACUAACAGUCACCUAAAUAAAAGCUAGACAGUCAGGGACAAUUGAAAAAUCCCACAAACAAUUAAUUUAGCACUACAGAUUUCAUGUUUGAGCAAAAGAACACAGAAUUAGCCAUCGCAAAAUGCAUAGAAUUGCAGAAAAUGUGCUUUUAAACGGAAAAUGUUUCUCGGCUCCAUGGCAGAAUAUGUAGAAUCGCAGGGAAUUUGCUUUAAAACGGCAAAGACGAGGGCCUCUAAAAUGUUCUCUAAAAUUCAUGCCCCUGCCACGUCCACCACCUAAGCCCAUUAUUGAUCCAGAAAAAACACUGCCUUAGUUACAAGUUACCCUAGAUAACUUAAUAAGCUAGUUAUAAGCUAUACUGAACAAAAAUGUUUCAUGAGUUGAAAUAAAAGAUAAAAAUUUUC